GGUCAGUGGGUGAAGGAGGGCAGCCUGGCGACUGUCCCGGUGGACUAAAGCUCCAGAGCAGCACUUUGAGAGCAGAACGGUUCGCAGCCCAAGCGGUGGGAAGACGGGACAGAAAUCCUCCUUGGUGUGCGCGAGGACCGAUAAGCACGGCUUGAGUGCACGAGAGACUCAACAUGAACAGAAUAACGGGGAAAACAGGAGAGGACAGUUUAAUUGAGAUGAGCCCAUCGGAGUCCUUCAAUGAUGAUAUGAAUGGCUACACCCAACAUCCCUCAUCCAGCACAGGAUCCAUCCAGCAGGGACAAUCACCGUCUCUCCUUACGCCUGGUGUGUGCGUAGAUACUUGUGAUUCUCUCAACACCAGCCUGGCCUCCCUGUCCCACUCUGACCACAGCGACAGUCCACAAUCUGAGCCUCAGACCUUAGAGCAAAUCAGUGCUUUGACUGGGCUGUCGAGAAAGCGGGCGCUAUUCCUGAAGUAUCGUUCCAGGAUUGACAAAAAACAACAGAGUAAGGAUUCUGUGUUCUUCCGUGAUGGAGUGCGUAGGAUUGAUUUUGUCCUGUCCUAUGAUGAAGAUAAAGAUGGUGAGAGAAAACAGGAGAGGAGGAAGUUGUAUGAGGCCAAUCUAGUGAAUGUCGGCCUGGAGCUGGAGACAGAAGAUAAAUCGGAGUCAGACGAUGGAAAGACUUAUUUUGUGAAGAUCCACGCUCCAUGGGAAGUGUUGGCCACCUACGCAGAUGUGCUGAAGGUUAAGGUUCCAUUCAAAACCAACGACAUCCCAGACAACAGCGAGAUCCCCAUGAACUGGCUGUCCACCCCUUUUCGUCUGCCGGAGCACAUCAUGUACCCCGAGCCAGACUAUUUCACAGCUCCCUUUGACAAGAGCAAGUCUGACUUCUUCCUCAUCGACAACAAAGAGACAUUCUUCCCGCCUUCUACUCGCAACAGGAUAGUCUACUACAUCCUGUCCCGCUGUUCAUACUUCAGGGAUGAAUGUGGAGAUAAAGACAAGAAGGGGAUCAAGAGGUUACUCAACAACGGCACCUACACUGCUGCCUUCCCGCUGCAUGAUUGUAGAUACUGGACAAAAUCGAGGGAUGCGAACUGCGAAAGUGACAGAAACAAACUCCACAAACACUGGGCCAGAUUCUUCUGUUUCUUCAAGGAGCAGCCCCUCAAUCUUAUAAGGAAGUAUUAUGGGGAGAAGAUAGGUAUUUAUUUUGCAUGGCUCGGCUUCUACACUGAGAUGCUGCUGUUUGCGGCAAUAGUUGGGACAAUUUGUUUCAUCUAUGGAGUCCUCACCUACGAUGAAAACGAGUGGAGUAAAGAAAUAUGUAGUGAGGACAUUGGAGGGAAUAUUGUCAUGUGCCCGUUGUGUGACAAGAAAUGUGGCUACUGGAAACUCAACACAACAUGCAACUCCUCAUGGCAAUCGCACCUGUUUGACAAUGUGGGAACAGUGUUUUUCGCCAUAUUUAUGGGGAUUUGGGUAACGCUGUUUCUGGAGUUCUGGAAGAGGCGGCAGGCUCGUCUGGAGUACGAAUGGGAUCUGGUCGACUUCGAGGAGGAACAACAGCAGCUUCAGCUUCGGCCAGAGUACGAAACCAAGUGCACCAACCGCAAGCUGAACCGCAUCACUCAGGAAAUGGAGCCAUACUUACCCAUAACAAGCCAGUGUGCACGCUCAUGUCUGUCUGGAGCAACCGUCCUGUUAUGGAUCUCAUUGAUCAUUGCCUGCAUCAUUGGUGUGAUUGCGUACCGCCUGGCGGUAUACGCAGCCUUCGCCAGCAUCAUGAAGGACAGUGCCACUGCCCACCUGCAGGUGGUUGGCCCCUACAUCACGCCACAGCUGGCCACCUCUGUCACAGCCUCCUGCAUCAACUUUGUCAUCAUCAUGAUUCUCAACCUCAUGUAUGAGAAGGUGGCUGUUUGGAUCACUGACAUGGAAAUCCCCAAGACCCACCUGGAGUAUGAGAACAAACUGACGGUGAAGAUGUUCCUCUUCCAGUUUGUAAACUACUACUCCUCCUGCUUCUACGUGGCUUUCUUUAAGGGCAAGUUUGUCGGCUUUCCUGGAAAGUAUGCGUACAUGUUUGGCAGCAACCUGAGGAAUGAAGAGUGUGACCCUGGUGGCUGUUUGAUUGAGCUGACCACCCAGCUGGUGAUAGUGAUGACUGGUAAACAGGUGUGGGGCAACAUCCAGGAGGCUCUGGUCCCGUGGCUGAUGAACUGGUGGGGCAGCAGGAAGGCACGAAACCACCCAGAGAGUCUGUACAGCCGCUGGGAGCAGGACCACGACCUGCAGGUCUUUGGACAGCUGGGCCUCUUCUACGAGUACCUGGAAAUGGUGAUCCAGUUUGGUUUCAUCACACUGUUCGUCGCCUCCUUUCCACUGGCACCCCUGCUGGCACUUAUCAAUAACAUCAUCGAGGUUAGAGUGGAUGCCUGGAAGCUCACCACUCAAUUCAGACGUCCUGUGGCAGCGAAGGCUCACAGCAUCGGAGCCUGGCAGGAAAUCCUGAAUGGGAUGGCCGUACUCUCUGUGGUCACAAAUGCAUUCAUUGUGGCCUUCACCUCUGAUAUGCUACCUCGGCUUGUGUACAUGUACGCCUACCAGCCAGACGGUGAGAUGAAUAUGAAAGGCUACAUAAACAACAGCCUGUCUGUGUUUAACAUCUCUGCGUUCAGAGUGGACAACAAGCCUGAUGAUGGGGAGAGCCCUUCCUGGUUCAACGGCUCCAUCACUACCUGCAGGUAUCGUGAUUACCGCUACCCUCCUGGCCAUGAGAAGGAGUACCACCACACUAUGCAGUUCUGGCAUAUUCUGGCUGCCAAGUUGGCUUUCAUCAUUAUUGUGGAGCACGUUGUGUUCGUGGUCAAGUUCUUUGUGGCCUGGUUGAUUCCUGAUGUUCCCUCUGACGUGAGGGCUCGAGUAAAGAGAGAGCGCUACCUGGUCCAGGAGUAUCUCCAUAACUACGAAGUGGAGAAACUGAAGAUCCAGCUCAGCCAGAACGACCACAAUGAUUGUUCUUGCACGCCCAUGAUCUAUCCGUCUAUACCCAAACAUGAGGUGCUGUCAGAGUGUCUCUAGCCCAGCAAGCUGCCGGUCAAUCAGCUGGACAUGAUGGGAAGACAUGUUGGUGUAGAAUACCCUGCUUGUGUAUUAUGAUACUGACCCCCACUCUGCUGUAGUGCCUGUGUUGUUUGUCUAGUACACACACACACACACACACACACACACACACACACACACACACACACACACACACACACACACACACACACACACACACAUUGAACUUUUAUCAAAGAGCUAGAGGUUUCCUUAAUUCACAGCCAUCCCUAUUCUACUAUUCUGCUGAUAGUGAAAGUGCACACAAGUAAAGAAGACCAACUCUCCAUGCAUGAAACACAUGUAAUUUAAACCUCUGCCUCAUAUUUAAGGAUUUUCACUCUAUGUUGUAACCAAAGUGCUGAUGAUAAUCAACAUUUGCUGUAAAGGAAAGAAAAAGAAAACCUUAUACACUGUGUCUAAGCCAGACAACUUACUCUUAUUGUAGUGUAAGUCUAUUUAUUUAAGUGCCACUAUGAGUCACCAAAGACUGGAUGCCUUAUUACAUCAAACACGUAUCAUUGGUUCCAUCUUCCAUUAGAAUAUCAAUUGGUAUAAUUUAAAAAAACUGAGAACUUGCUUAUUAUGGGGUUUUAAGUGUUUCCGUUUACUGAAAGUUUAUGUUCAACUCAGUGUUUUGUUUUUGUUACAGUUACUUCAAAAAAAUGUGAGCAUUGUUUUUGUUUUGUUGCAUUGAGGUCAUAGCACAGAUGUAAAAAAUUAUUUUCUUCACCAAAUGAUUUCCUUCACUCCACUGUCAGUUUAUAGGCGGGUUUAAUCUCAUAGCAGCCCGGCAGUUCCUCCAGGCUAAAGUCUGACAUGUGAAGUAGCUUUUUAUGAAGACGAAUCCGUGCAGCUGUUAGUACUGUGAGUAAGGGCAGAUUUUGUCCUGCAAUGGCCAGUUGUGGAGCAGCAGCAGCAGCAGGUGUUGCAUGUUGGCUGUUGACAGUGAGUGAAGAGAUCCCUUUUUAAUGUGCCUCUGUUUACCAACAGGUCGGAGCUAAUGAAAGCCUGCCCCUACCUACUGAACUAUGUUUGCUCUGUCACACAAAGCACAUCAGCCAUCGCCCAGUUCUUGUGCUUGUUUUCCUACUCUGUGGCUCUGUAGUGAAGGAAAGAAACGCGUUUUAUUUUUUUUAUUUUGCACAAAGCACUUAAUGAAACGUAACUACCGAGACAUAAACACGUCAGUUUAAUUUCUACCAUGACACUACAUAUUACGAAUCAGUGUUUUAAAGCAGCAAAGUGUAAUGAUUUGUGUUCAUUUAAAUGGAAAAAAGUCUACUGUCUGAAUUUUAUAUUUAUAUCGAGCUUAAAUGACAAUUAGUAGAAAGGUGUAGCUUUUUGUUUUGAAAUUAUAUGAAGGACAUUUCGUUUUUAUUUGGCUGCCUACAUAGAAAUAUGUGAGAAGAAUCUGUUGUUGAAGUAUUCAAAUUUGUUAAGGUUUAAUAGCUGGCUGGCUGGCUGUGCUACAAACUCAGGCAACCAAAUCUGUUUGUUUGAGAUGCAUGUAGAUGUGACCACGUAGCCGAGAGCAAUGUUGGACUGAUCCAGUUUGCCUUUUUCAUGCUCUGCGCUCAGCUGAAAUCUGCCUGUUGAUGCCUUAAUACAUCUAAUAACUUGUGUUUUCUAUUUUAUUUCCCUGUAUAUCUCUUUUUCUUAUGUCUUCUUCUUGUUAUGCUCUAGUAAUAUUUCAUUUUAUACCAUAACCAUUCUUGGGAUUAAGGUGAAGCUGUUUACUGUAUGCAAAAAAAUUAAAAUUUUCAUCCAUUUUGUUUCUGUAUUUUGUAAUUGUCCUGUAUACAAAUGUGUAUUGUAAACAAAGACAAAUCUCCAAAAUAAAGUACCAGUUC